ACCUAUAUCCUUUACGCUCCAGCUCAUGCUAAUCGCCCCAACCUUGCCGGGCCAAUCCCGGCUAUCCUUCCCAGCCCCUUCUCGCCUCCACGACCCCAGCCAUAUAACUCUCCCUCAAUCCCUCAAAAUCACCAACUCAGCUGCUUCCGCUUCCGCUUCCAUCGACACACAAACCCACAUCUCCAAUCUCGACCGCAUUCUCCAAAAAACCUCCCGACCAACACCUUCCCCCAUCCCCGCCGUCAUUACCAACCACAACCAAACCAAUCUCGCCGCCACCCCCGCCUCCAACCUCUUCAAUUUGCUCAACAUAUCAAACAUCUUCCCGUCCCUUCGCAUCGAUGAAGCCUUCGAUAAGUACUCCCCACGCAGCCUUACCCGCCUCCACCGCCUUCUCUCAGACUCCCCUCGCUCCUCCCCAAAAUCGUCCAUUGCUUCUCAUUGGCGCCUUCUACAUGGAGCCGAGAACUGGUCCGGCCUCCUCGACCCCCUAGAUGAAAACCUCCGGCGCGAACUCGUCCGAUAUGGAGAAUUCAUCCAAGCGGCCUACACCGCCUUCUUCUCCAAUCCCGACUCUCCCCGCCAUGUCGUGCUUCUCGGUCUUUCCCCCCCCAGCUACCGCGUCACCCGUAGCCUCUUCGCCACCUCCUCCGUCGAACUCCCGCGGUGGCUGGAUGCCGCGGCCGCCUCCGCGUUGCCUUCAUGGAUGACACAACCUUCUAGUAUGAUUGGUUUCGUGGCUGUCUGUGAUGGCACUCGAGAGCUAGCUCGAAUGGGCCGUCGCGACAUCGUUGUUUCGCUACGUGGCACGGCAACAGCUCUCGAGUGGGCGGAGAACUUCCGGUCGGGGCUCCAGCCCAUUUCAGAUUCAACCGCCGCCAAGGUCUCGUCCGGAUUUUAUAGCCUCUACAAAACGGAAGGCUCAAAAAUCCCGAGCCUGUCAUCUGCUGUCGUUGAGGAGGUGCGCCGACUUGUGGAGAAGUACAAAGGAGAGGAGCUCAGCAUUACCAUAACUGGCCACAGUCUUGGCGCCGCGCUCGCUCAGCUCGUUGCCGACGAGAUCUCGUCGGAGAUUGAGGCUGCGCCGCCGAUCGCGGUGGUCUCGUUUGGUGGGCCGCGGGUCGGCAAUCGGGCCUUCGCAGAAAGAUUGGAAGAAAAGGGCGUUAAGGUGCUGCGGAUAGUCAACGCAAACGACGUCGUGCCGCGGGUACCCGGAGUGCUGCCACGCGUGUGGGAUGAAGGGUACUCGCACGUGGGAGUUGAGCUAAAGGUUGAUAACCGGGUUUCGCCGUAUCUUCGGCCCGAUGCGGACCCGGCUUGCUGCCACGAUUUGGAAGCGUAUUUGCACUUGGUGGAUGGGUUUAUGGGGACAGGGUGUCCGUUUCGGGUGAAUGCAAAAAGGAGCCUGGCCCGGCUGCUGAGUCAGCAGCGGCCUAAUAUGAAGAAGAUCUAUGUGACCCGGGCAAGGGCGGUUCAGUUAGAAGCGGUUAGUUCGGGCGGGCGAGCAGGCUGAAGGAGUCCACCGGGUUGCCUUGAAUGCAGAUGUGGUCGGCUUGAUGGGUUUUAAAUGUUUAUUUUAUUUCAACAAUAAUUAGUUUAUUGAUUUAUUUUAAA